CCUCACUGCUGCUUCUCAAGUUGAACUAGAUAAUACUUCCUUUCAGCUCAUACUAAUGGUAGCUUUUAAAAGCAAGUUGCCUAAAUUACAGGUACAAUCUAACUUGCUUGAAACUGACCUGAUUGUCAACAUACCAUCAGGUUGCUUUAGAAAGCUGAGCAGAGGAGGGAAAAGGUGGUGCCCAGGAUAAUUCCUGAAUGUUGCAGGCUCCCUCUACCAGAGAAGCAGUUGCUAUUAUUCUGAAUAAAUAGGAACUGUUACCACAUCCUCAGGACACACUUAGCAUCCUUUGCAAGUGUCUGGUGAUGCUGUGUAAAAGCUAAUGAAUAACCACCUCACUAGUAAACACAGUGCAGUUGUGGGAUUCUGGCAUUGUUCACACAGUAGAGACACUCACUUGUAAAGGUAGAUAAAACCGGUGAGCUUCAAGGUCCUGACUGUAAGUCACUAACUUAACAGAAUUAAUGUUAAGGCAAAAAUAAAAAAUGUGUGGGAUUCGGAUUUAGAAGGUGAGAGGAAGACAGAUUCGGAGACAUGGGGUUUUCAUCGGUCCUCAGGUCCAGUUCCCUGUGCCACAUAUUGAUGUCACACGCAGACCACACUCCAGGCCUCGGUGAACAUAUGUGUGACAUGAGGGAACUUGGGCUACAUAAGACAGAGUCCCUUUCAACUCGGAAACAAUAGAAUGCUAUGGGUUAUAAGACAUUGCCCAAAAACUCUUGUUUAUGACCCACAGGUAGGAAAUUUGCCUAAUCAGAGAUUGUUUCUUAGGAAACGCUGUCCACUGUGUCUAAGGCUCUUCUCACUCUUCUAGCUACUCUUGCAUUCUUCUGAUUCUGGGCUUAAGUCACCUGCUCGGCCAGUCCUUCCCUAGGCACCUGUGUAAAUAGUGUUCCGGUCCACCUCCCUUUGCGGUCACCGUCCCCUGCUUGUUUCCUUGAAAGUUAGCACAAUCUGCUGAAAUGGUUUGCUUGCUUCUUUGUCAUCCGUGCUCCCCAUUAACUCAAAGACUUCACAGACAGCAUAUGCGUCUCCUUUUCACCUUCGAGUGUCUAGGCCAGAAUAAGUAUCUGAUAGAUACAUAAUUGAGAAAAUUAGUCCUUGCUCUCGGAGAAUGUGAGAGAUGCACUGAGCUAAGUCCAGUACUGAGCAUCUCCGCAGCUAGCACUUAACAGUCCUGUGUGUGUCAGUCCCCACAUUUAUAAACAGGACCGUUAAGAGGAGAAAAGUGAAGACACCGGAGAGAGGAGUGGUAGUGAGAGUGUCCUGGGGACACUGGCCUGCCUGGCAGAAGAGCCCUGGUGGUGCUGGACGCCUCACUUCAUUCCCUUUUUUGCAAAAUGAAGAUCUAAUCCUUGCUCUUAGAGGGGUGUUGUGCGAUCAGGUGAGAUAAUGUGUAAGGAAGUGCUGUGUGAUGUGUAGAGUGCCCCACAAGGUGCACUCUCGUUAAAUCUGGUGAUGAUGCCUCGUCGGGAGCUCUGCUGUGGCAGUGCUGAGGAAGGCCUGUGGGAUGUGCGGAGUGGCCCUGUGAAAGCCUUGUUGGAUCUGUGCUGUGUCAAACACAGAGCUGGAACAGAUCGCAUGUAUUCGAGGGUCACUGAAGAUUCAGGGCUGGGCGAGAGCUGUUGCUAGUGGCGAUGAGAUUGAUGUCAUAACCCACCUGUGCUAGAUAAAUAAGCCAGAAGUACAACUAAUGACUUAAUAGGACACUUUGAGGGAGUUGAAGUAAAACAGACAUUUUCACAGGCUUCAGACUAUCCCUGCCCAUGAAAACUGUUAGCAGGCAAAAUCCUCUCCUCCCAGAAAUAUGUGUGCACUGCCCAUAGAAGUGGAGUUUUGUGCUAGGUCAGAUCCUGUCCCCAGUGGCUGCUGGAGAGGGCAGUUGUGUGGUGAUGAGAGCCGGGCUCGGAAGCAGCCUUCCUGGAGUAGCGUGUGUCCUGGCCACGUGGUCACUAGGUUCCCCCUAAGCAGCUCCUCACUGACUGAGUAGGGAUGGAAACCUGGGCUGGGAAGAGGGUGAGAUGAACACUUAAAGCACACACGGCAGCGCCUGGCAGAGAAGUGUCCCAUAGAUGCUCGUUAUUAAUGGCGAUAUGUUAAUCCUAGCAAUCCAGAGUUCCCCAUUGGGUAACCCAAGUGCUUGUCAGAUAAAUUUGAAGUUUUAAAGACUUGCUUCCCCUCAUGAGACCAUUGUGCUUGUUGUCAUUGAGAGUCAGUGGGUCUCACAGUUGGAAAUCUAUUGUAUUGCAUGUCAGAAGGGACUGUGUUUCCUCUGUAAGUACUGUGCUCUGGGAAGAAGGAAAGAAUACAUCCCCUCUUCAUUUUCUGCUGUCACACUAGAACUGCGGGGCUGAGAGCAUCAGAAGGCUGUUGAUGGUGGUUGGACGAACAGUUUUUGUUAGCUUGCUAUUUCUUAAAAUACUUCGCUGGAAAGUUUCCGAAUUGUUGAAGAAAUCAUGUCAUUUAAUUUUGAUUUUGACAGUCUGAAGAAAAAUUAUUUUCCAUGUUGCCUUCCUUUCACCACCUACAAAUGGGCCAUUUGUGCUGGGCUUGUUCAGGGUCCUCCAGGGAGUGGAGCUCCCCACCAGGCACAGACGUCCAUUUCACCACUUCAGGCUGCAUUUUAGGACCCGCUGGAUGCAUCAGGGUGUGCUUGGAUUCACCCAGGAGUACUUUAAUUGCAUUUCAUUCUAAAAGUCAUCUCUACAUUUAAAGGCAAUUUUGGGUAUUUCUGCUGUUCCUUGGUAACAGAGUACAAUGAAGGAAAUUUUCUUAACUUGCCUGUUUUCUUUCACUACCCCCAAAUCAUAGCCUAUUAAAAUGAAAUCUAAAGAACUGAAUUGAAGCCUUUGUUUUUGGAAAGUCUCUGCAGAUCAUCCUUUUGCUUUCAGCAAAUAAACUCAGGUUAUAUACCAUAACUGCUGUAAACACUGAGUACGUCCGUGAAUAUCAAAUAGGUUUCUUCAGGUUAUUUGUAAAACCCCAUGAAGCAGAUAAGCUGGAUGUUAAUGUGUCUGCUUACUAGUGCUUUUGACAUUACUCAUAGAGAGUGCGUUCUUUUUUCUAUUUUCUGAGAUAGACAUUUUUUAAAUGAACAUAAAUACAUGGGUGUAUUGGGGAGGAUCUAAAGUCAUGGAAUGUGUCAUGUUGCUAAUGUUUCCUUUUUAAAAAUUUUUGUUUGUAAAUAUAGUUACCUCGUGUCUUCCCUGGCUAUGGAAGUAGUUAUGGAGGUAAUUGUUAAAUACAGCUGAAAAGACCAUUUAUCACUCUGAACAAACAGAAAUCAGGUUCUAGAACCAGAUUGAAGAAGGAAAUUACAUCACACUCUUAAAUGAGGAAGCACUGGGCAGAACUGGAUGAGCUGUAUGACAAAAAUGUGCCCCUCCUCCUCCUGUGGAUUGCUCCUGAGACUUAUUAAUGAGAUCUGGUGGUAAGGUGAGCCUAUCUGGGUUACUGCCUUAAGGUAGCCUGGGAGAGAGAGAGACAGUGUAAAGAGUAGUUUCAAAGAGUAUCUGCAAGCUAAAGGCAUGUGAUUUCACCUUAAUGAAGGUGUGCAGUAUGACUUUGGUAUAGUUUUGUUUUUUUUUUAAGGAAGGUUACCUUAAAUUUAGCAGUAAAAACACAUUAGGUACAUUGUAGUUAAGAAGGAGUAGUGUGUAAGAGAAGGAAAAAUUCAUUGUUUCAUUAAGCUCUGCCCUAAUGGCUUCAGGUAAAUUCAGAGUCAUAGAAGCUAAAUUAGAAAGCUGUGUUAAGCAUUGAAACUUAAAAGUUUUUACUCCACCUACCCUGUCCGCUUGGAUUUCCCCAGCCUGUUAAAUUAUUAUUGGCAGUCUCCUCACUCCCUUACAAAUCUUCCGUUUUUCCUUUUUAGCUCUUAGCUGACUUACAGCCCUGUGAGACUGUCACUUAUGUAGGUACACUCUAGAAAUGAGUCAGCAUCUUACCAGUAUCCAUUUAAUCAAUAUCUGUUAGAAGGAAAUGAUGCCAGGAUGGGGGCCGGAUACAUCAGACACCAGGCUCAGCCUAGCGUAUGGGGACGGUGGGAGGGGAAACUGGCCUAGCGCAAAACAAUCCCAGAACAGACACUGCUCUUCCUCACAGCAAGGGUUCGAGGGGAACGGGUUGUAUGAGGAGUGGGCCCGAGGGCAAAGCCGGAUGCAGAUGGAUUUGGAGAGGCAGAGGCAGGCCUGCCCGCUGUGCUGUCCAUGGAGGCCUCUGGCAGGCGGGUUGGACCACCUGGCUCGCCUGACAAAGGAACUGUCACGAGCUGCAUAUAAAAUACAUAAUUAUAUAAGCAGCAGGGCUGCCUUUGUUUAGGGUAUUUUUAUUGUAACAGGUAUGUAAAGGCUCACACACAUGCAGGUGGAGGAGGUUCUGGUUAGGAGCCCUUGUGGUUCUUGAGUGGUGAAGCUGUUGGUCGGAGCAGUCUGUGAGAACUGUUGAUCUGACACUGGGUGUACUAUGGGUUAUUUUCAGGCCUGAGGCACGUGCGACUGGAGGGCAAAUCAAGUGGAGAACAAAUGUGGACACUUUGGGGAACUUGGCAGUUGAAUGUGUAUCAGCCUUAACUCAGGUCGGAAGCAGUGCCUCUAGGAGACGUGUGACCCCCCUGGACCACGAACUGGUGUUGCGGGGUGCAAAAUGUGAAAAGAGGAGUCUGGUUUGUAGAGUUUAAAAUGCCAGCGGCCCGUCCAAGUGGAAGGAGAAUCACCAGACAAUAGGGAGUCAGAGUUGAAGCUCGGGCCAGGCUGGAACCAUCUAUUCAGGGACUUGCAGAGCUGAAGCCACAGAAGGGAGGUAGAACUUGGGCGGGGAUAAAAUGAGAUCCUCCAGAAGCACAGGAUUUAAAGCUCCCACACCUUGAGUUAAGAUGAAAAUCAGUGAUGUGAACAGAAAACAGCAGUCCUUAUCUGGAACUGGCAUUUAAGUGCAUUUUUGACCCACUGAAAAAAACCAAAGCUUAGUUCUUAAGUGUAAGAAAAGCCGUCAUUGCUGUGUUUGGACCCUGUCUGCACUGUUCUGCCUGGAUUUAAACUCACGUUUUCUGUUUCUGCAUUCCAUAACAGUGCCAUCUCAUCCUUUCAAGUAUUGAUUUUUCUGACAUAGGUAGCUUUUUUGCAGUUGUUUUCCUAAUGAAUUAUAAAGCAGAACUAGUUUACAGUUGUAAGGAGCGACAUAACAUUUGACACAUACAGCACCAGAUUUCACUACAGCAGGAUUUCUUUCUAGCUUGCACUUGGCCAGAUUGACUUUUCUUUCCUACACACACACACACACACAAUGGACUGAAUACUGGGUGUUCAGAGAGGUGGAAAAGCAUUUCAGGUGGUUUCAUGCCCUCAGUUUUACAGUCUGAAGAACAAUUUUUUAAGUUUUCUUACAAACCUAUGGCAUAUUGCUCUUUUUGGGUCUCCAGCCUGAAGUUAUUUUCCUGAAGAAGAGAACAUGGCAAUUAUAUCGCCCUCCUCACUUCUCCCAUGCAAGCGAGUAGGAAGUUUGGACAGUUUCAUAACACGGCCCAUUCACAAUUCCCCAUUGAAAUUUAGAGGCAGGUCACCUUCUAUGAAUACACAAAGACACUAUUGUGGUCAGAAGUGAGCAGGCUUAGUGAACACAAUUCUUUUUAUACUAAAAAAUUUUUUUUCUUAAGAAAGCUAACAAGUAGGUGAUAGAAACAAUGAAUAAAAAAUAACUUUUUCUAGAACGUAUAAAUAAUUUUAAGUGACCAUUGAAAUGUAAGUUUAGAAUCCCAAGGCAAUUUCAGCAGAGGCCGUGUUACACAAUCGUGUUCUGUUGAAAGCUUCAGAUGUGGAAGGCACUGGGAGGCUGACACACAGUAAUUACUAGUAGUACUCGUUGGCUUGCCCACAGGUGGGGGUUGGGCUCCAGAACCCCCGCAGCAUUUUCCUCCAAUCUGGAUGAACAAUCUUCAAACGUGUGCUUCCAAACCACUUAAAUACCAUAUUCCUCUUCCUAUCUUGCCUUUCAUUUUUUAUAUCACCACAGAUACUUUCGCUGCAGUCUUGCCAGUGCUUGUAGAAUGCUUAGAAAAAGCAUCAUAAGCCACUGGGCUAAGUCCCCAAAGUACAUCAGUUUUGAAGUUUUAUACAGCUUUACCUGGUGGUAAAUAAUACAUUUGCUCCAUUUUUGGUCUGAAGCCACCCUCAAAGCCCUCCCAGUGAUUGAGAUUUCUUCAAUGGCAGAUUUUUUAAAAAUCAUGUAUCUUUGAAAGGCUGAUUUUAAGAAAAAUAAUGCUUGGCUAUUUGCAAUAAUACUUUAAACUUAGCAUGAGACCUGUUGCCUCGCAUGGCAGAGCAGCUGACUAGGAGAGGAAAUACAGAGACAGUAACUAGGACCUGUCUUUUGUCACUGAAACUCUUAACCAGCAGAACAUCGCUCUCUCCACCUUCCUUUCUAGUGUGGAAAAAACACAGAUGAUAAACACUUGUAUUUUUCUAGAUCUUCACGUAACACCACAUCUGUUCCGUUGAUGUCGAUGAUAAGGCGAUGGCGUACCCUCAUCUUUAACACUCAUUGGGCACUUGCUAACGUGAUGAUUACAAGCUGACUGGGGUGCAGCCUCUGUCCCUGAGCUCGCAGGCUAGUAAGAGGUGACAGAUUUGUAAAUAAUAGAUUUUACCUUGUUGAGCAAUUCUAAAACCGCGCACCCCACCCCCUCUGCAGGGGUGGCGGUGUCACCCUCAUGGCAUCUGCGGUCUUCAGCCCGGCGCCAGUGCUUGUAGGUGUGCAGAUAUUGAGUGAGAGCGAGAAAGUGUCGUCGCUCAUACGCACACCCCCCAGGGUCCUUGCAGGGGCGGGUGACAGAAAAGAGCCCAGACAUGGAGUGCGUGAGAACGUCUGAAGGCAGGAAUGGGUGCUAAUUCACACUUGAUGCUGCAACAGAUAUUAAAGGAAGUUCAGAAGAGGCCAUGGGGACUUCAGACUGUAACACUGGAAAGGGAGGGAUUCCUAAAGUUUAAGAUAAAAUGUACUUAGCCUUUAUACUUAGCAGCGAGGCAGGGCAUGAAAUUCUGGGCAUCUGACAAGGAGAAUGUGAAGAAUGUACCCUUAAGUUUGUCUUUGAAAGGGAGGACACUGUACCACCAAAGCCAGUAAUCUUGCAAAACUUGAUUUUCACAGGAUGAUGGAAAUUAGGAUCUUCACAUAGGACUGUUGCUUGAGGAAGUAGUAACUGGAGAGUAUGUCUUCCACGGCCAACCCCGAGCACAGACUCAAGUAAACGCUAGGCCGCGGGGCAGUCAGGCACCAGGACUGUAGUAAUCUUGAGUGUCACAUUUACUGAAUACUGGGGCUGCGGUAUGAAAUCCAGUAUUUUUCUGAAUUUACUUUGUUAGCUUGGGAAAAAUAAGCUGGACUCACUUGUGCUUCUUGCCCAUUACAGCCUUGCCUUAGAACAGUGGUGGCAAGCGCAUUGUUUUUCUUAUGUUAAGACAAGAAAUGUUAACUCUGAGUUGUUUUUUUCUAAACUAAAACCUCAGUUCUCAGGUUUAACUGCAGUGUUGACACUUCGCGAUGAGCACUUUGGCGCUCGUCUCUAAAAGGGAAUGAAAGCUACUGGCUGACUUCAAACCCUGGGCUUCACAGACUUGGGAGACAUCCCAGAAAAAGGCACAAUGUCCACAGCAGGAGUUGCUGCUCAGGAGAUUCGAGUCCCAUUGAACACUGGGUUCCUGCACGAUGGCCAGGCCCUGGGGAGCACUGAGACCUGCUGGGACAGUCGCAGUGAGUUUGGAAAUUCUUUCUUAAACAUCGACCCCAUCAGCAUGGCCUACAGUCUGAACUCCCGGACCCCGGGGCCCCUGCCAUCUGUCAGGCACACCGCGCAGCCUGUUCCGAUGAAUGGCCACCGCUUUGCAGAAGUUGGGCCCUCCCACAAGUCCAGCCUGCCCCCUCUCAUCAUUCCCCCGGGCGACAGCCUGGGACAGGGCGAAGAGGACCAAGUCGUGUGUGGCUUUAAGAAACUCUCAGUGAAUGGGGUCUGCACCUCCACUCCCCCGCUCACCCCAAUAAAAGCCUGCCCUUCCUCGCUUUUCCCCUGUGCAGCACCCUGUGAACGGGGCUCCAGGCCCCUGCCUCCGCUGCCCAUCUCCGAAGACCUCUCUCUAGACGAGACUGACUGUGAAGUCGAGUUCCUGACCAGCUCAGACACAGACUUCCUCUUGGAAGACUGCACGCUUUCCGAUUUCAGAUAUGACCUUCCUGGCAGGCGAAGCUUCCGUGGGUGUGGACAGAUCAAUUAUGCAUAUUUUGACACCCCCAGUGUUUCUGCAGCCGAUCUCAGCUGUGAGCCUGAUGAGCACGGAGGGGUCCCCAGUCCCAACCCUCCUCCUCCUCAGACCCACCGCAGGCUGAGGAGGUCUCACUCCGGCCCUGCCGGCUCCUUCAACAAGCCGGCCAUCCGCAUAUCCAGCUACACGCACCGAGCCUCGCCCAACUCCGACGAAGGCAAGCCCGAGGUCCCCCCCAGGGUCCCCAUCCCUCCCCGGCCAGUGAAGCCAGACUACAGGAGGUGGUCGGCAGAAGUGGCCUCCAGCACCUACAGCGACGAGGACAGGCCUCCCAAAGUCCCCCCAAGAGAACCUCUGUCCCGGAGCAACUCCCGCACGCCGAGCCCCAAAAGCCUUCCGUCUUACCUCAACGGGGUCAUGCCCCCAACCCAGAGCUUCGCCCCAGACCCCAAGUACGUCAGCAGCAAGGCCCUGCAGAGACAGAACAGCGAGGGCUCCGCCGGCAAGGCUCCCUGCAUCCUGCCCAUCAUCGAGAACGGCAAGAAGGUGAGCUCCACACAUUACUACCUGCUCCCUGAGAGGCCGCCGUACCUGGACAGGUAUGAGAAGUUUUUUAGGGAAGUGGAAGAAGCAAACCCGAGCACCCAAAUCCAGCCGUUCCCUGCUGACUGUGGCAUGGUUUCGGCUGCAGAAAAGAUGGACUCGAAGACAAAAGCCGAGCCGGGGGGCCAUGCGAAGCGCAAACACUUAUCCUACGUGGUCUCUCCCUAGACUUGGGGCUCGUGGUGCAGCGGAAGUGAAACAUGGGGCAGGUGGUUCCCCGUUUUCCAGCUUGACUGAGGUCCACAGAACAGUCUGUCGGAUUGCGAAACACAACAGUGGAACUCUGUCAAAAAGAACAGUGGAGGACAGCUGUGAGGUGCUGUUAUGCCAGGAGUCCUUGAUUUGUUAGUGUUGGAGAAAAGGUUUAUUCAGGCUUAUAAUUUAAAGAUGUGAUGGUGGGAGGGAAGGACGGGAAACUUUUAUAUAUGCUACACUAUAUGCCUAUGUAUAAACUCAUGGUAUAACCAUAGACCAUAGCUGCAGGUUAACUGAUUAGUCACUGUCUUAGAGUAAUAUAUAUUCAGAAGAAGAAAAAGCCAAGCCAGAGCAAUGGCUCCUGACAGACUGGAAAUUGAGCAAAUGGGAGAAAAAAAGCAGUAUUCUUUAUAUCAGAAUCAUUCAAAGAAAAUUAUUCUUGUCUAGUAAGUUUGGAGAUUUCCGGCUCUCAGGCCUGCUACAUUGUGUUCGUUUAUUUUUGCAAGCCGCCUUCUCCGUGGAGGGCAGGGCAGGUUCUCGACCAUGUCUGUAUUGCCUGGCUUCUAAACCAUCCCGAGACUCGUACCUCCAGGUUUUGCUUUCUGUCCCGUUGAGCAGAGGGACAGCAGUUUACUUGGCCCCCGUGUCACCACUGCACGUCUCACAUCUUGAACAAAGAAAGAUAAGCGAAUCCACCACUGUUCCUACCGCUCCCGCUGGGUGCAGGGAAGUGGCCCGCGGUGCUGUGGGCCCCACGGUGGGCUCUGCCCUGUCACCCAGUCGGUACAGGCCCCACCCCGUGUCCCUGCGGCAGAGGGGGAGCCACAGCUGCGCCGGCGCGUUACUGUGUGGGGUGCGUGUUUUAUUGUUUUUUUAGACUAUUAAUAAACAAAUACAACACAAGCUGGCCUUGUGUUGCUGGUUCCUAUUCAGUAUUUCCUGGGGGUGGUUUGCUUUUUAAGUGAAACACUGACCAAUAGCACAGUGUCUUAAUGCCAGAAGUCCCGUCAGCGUCUUCCUGCGCUGAGUGCACGGCUGGGUGCUUCGCUGCGCUAGACCCGGGGAGAGAGACCCAGCCUGCGCCCCUUCACACCCUCUGCUGCGUUUAUCUGGUCUGGACAAGCCGAGAGAGAAGGUGCUCGCUAACAGACGAACAUGACCGCGAUGUUCUCCUAACAGAUAAACGAGCUGUUUACAGUUGAAACUGCUGAAUAUUAUUUGAGCUAUUUAAAGCUUAUUAUAUUUUAGUAUGAACUAAAUGAAGGUUAAAACAUGCUUUAGAAAAAUGCACUGAUUUCUGCAUUAUGUGUACAGUAUUGGACAAAGGAUUUAUUCAUUUUGUUGCAUUAUUUUGAAUAUUGUCUUUUCAUUUUAAUAAAGUUAUACUACUUAUUUAU